UAUAUAAGUCCCUGCAGCUGCUGCAGAAUCACCGUCAGAGAAAGUUCUUGCUUCAACAGUGAUUGAACGGAACUGCUUCUGAUAUUCAGAAACAAAAUCAUUUUAUUCCACCAGUUCUUUAAGAUCAACAGCAACAUGAACUCUCAAGUGCGUCAGAACUACAGCCAUGACAGCGAGGCAGCCGUUAACCGCAUUGUGAACCUUAAAAUGUUUGCGUCGUACACUUACCUAUCCAUGUCUUACUACUUUGACCGCGAUGAUGUGGCUCUCCAUCACGUAGCAGAGUUUUUCAAGGAGCAGAGCCACGAGGAGCGGGAGCAUGCCGAAAAACUUCUGAAAUACCAAAGCAAGCGCGGAGGGCGGAUCAUUCUGCAGGAUGUGAAGAAACCAGAACGUGAGGAAUGGGGCAGCACUCUGGAAGCUAUGCAGACGGCUCUGAAUAUGGAAAAGACUGUGAACCAGGCCGUGCUGGAUCUGCACAAGCUAGCAACUGAUAGAAACGACCCCCAUUUGUGUGAUUACUUGGAAAGUGAGGAGCUGGAGGAUCAUGUAAAGCGCAUUAAGAAACUUGGCGAUCAUAUCACUAAUCUGAGACGCCUUGGGGUGCCACAGAAUGGCAUGGGAGAGUACCUGUUCGACAAGCACACCUUGCCAUAGAGUAGCCAAUAUCUUAAUCCUCAGAGAGAGAACUUCCAGCUUUCUAUACAUUCCUCCUAAUCCUUCCUCUCUCACAAAACGUGGUGCUAUAUGCCUCUCUACUGUCAAUAUGGAGUUGAACUGCAAUUUCCAUUAUGCUUGGUCAUGGACGUUAUAGUUCAACAACUGUUUAAAAUCAAACUGUUUGUUCUAAGCCCUGUGAAAGCAUCCAUCGGUUCUCCCAGUACAAAUUGGCAGUGGUAAUGGCCUCUCUUUGAAAAAUAAGAAAAUGUCUACUUGUCUGUGUGCUGUAGUAUUUAAGAAUAAAGAGAACAUGUCAUUCAAAAUGCA